AUGAAUAACUCUACAGUGAACUUCACCACAUCUGAAACAUCUACAAACUCCACAACUCAAUCUCUUGGGCUAAUAGACUAUAUGGAAAUCUGCGAGUACAGCAUUAGUUUCAUGGUUGGUAUUCCAACACACUCUUAUGUUAUAUGGCUCAUCAUCACAGGGGCAGCAAGUGGAGUUGCAUCAGAGUUGUUCAACCUCAAUCUGUCUGUCUGCGAGAUUGUUUCCUGUCUGAAUUGUUUGUUUCAUAUUUUAAAACUGUUUAUUUCAAGUAUAACAGAAUUACCAAUGUUUUUACUAGGACUAGUCUUUACUGCCCGUCCUCUGUUUCAGUGUCUGAUCUGUGUUGAGCGUUACCUGGCAGUGGUUCAUCCUGUAACCUUUCUGAAGUACAAACCUCUUAGAUAUAGAGUGAUCUGCUGCACUGUGGUCUGGAUAAUCGCUCUUGGAUCCUGUUUGUGCAGCAUGUUUAGUUUCAUCUUAAAUAUCCGUUAUGGUUAUAAAUGGUUUUUCUCGCUGCAGUUCAUUCUCUUGCUCUCCAUUCAGUUGUUUUGUCUUGUGGCUGUUCUCAGAGCUCUGAAGCAGACAGGACCAGGAGAGAGAAUUAGAGAAAGAAAGGAGGAAAACCACAUGAAGAAAAGAGCAUUUCAACUCAUUUUAAUAACUUUUCUUAGCAUGUUUAUCAUACAUGUUCUGUUUAUUAUUACAGGAUUCUAUAGCAUUCUAAUUAAGAAUAUUCAAGAAUUUUGGUUCCUUUCUUUGGUUUGUUAUGUGCUAGAUGGUUUUGUUCAGCCUCUUCUUUAUCUGCACCGUGCUGGAAAACUGUCCUGCCUCUGUACUUUCUAA